AAAUCCAUGGCGCCGUACAUGCAGACGCUCGCGAGAACGGCGGAAUUUAAACGCAUACGCUUCGUGAGGGUGGAUAUCGAAGCCGUUCCGGCGGUGGCGGAGAAGUGUAACGUCAAGGCGCUUCCGACGUAUCAGUUGUACAAGAAUGGAGAAAAGUUGGAAGAGAUGAGCGGGGCGUUGCCUUCGAAAUUGGUGGCCAUGCUCAAGGAACAU